GUUCAGGACGAGCCUCCAGAUGGACCCAUAUAUGGUGAUGUAUCUGUAGGUGACUAAUGCAGAUAAAGGGAGAAAUAAUAAGGAAAAACACCUUAACAGUAUCUACACCACCCGCGCUCAUGUGUAGAUUAUCCACUUAAUAAUACAGACCGGAAAGAAAUUUGUUCACUUCCUCAACUCCGUGGUUCGAUGUUUCCCGCCAUCACAAUAAAUCACUCCGCCGUCCAGGCUGCAUAAGCGCCGAUGCGCCCGCAUCAUCUCACGUCCAGAAAGUGCCUCAAAUUUCACCAUAUCAUAAACAAUGCCGGUCCGGAAGGGUGUGCUGUCACUUGGCAGUUUGUGUAUUGAAAAGAUUACGCAGAUGUUAAUUAAAAUUGUAAAUAUAAGCCAACCUAAGUCUAAGAAGCAGAGCUGUCAGUACACACUGACUGAAGACCAAAAACACAACAUUCAUACAGGAACUCAAGAACCAGUGAACACUGAGGUAGAUGAGGGCUUCGACCACCACCACCACUCACAACAAGAGGAGACACACAGUUAUGGCAAUGGUGCUCAAAAUGCCCAUGACCAAGUCAGUAGAAAUGGAGAGUCCCAUGACCAAGUCAGUGGAAAUGGAGAUGCCCAUGACCAAGUCAACAAUACUGAAGAGGCCCAUGACCAAGUCAACAAUAGUGAAGAGGCCCAUGACCAGGUCAGUAGUAAUGAAGAGGCCCAUGACCAAGUCAACAAUAGUGAAGAGGCCCAUGACCAGGUCAGUAGUAAUGAAGAGGCCCAUGACCAAGUCAACAAUAGUGAAGAGGCCCAUGACCAGGUCAGUAGUAAUGAAGAGGCUCAUGAUCAAAUCAGCAGUACUGAAAAUAUACACGACCCAACCAUAAAGUUGAAGAUUAGUGGUAGUAACCAUGAGGUUGAUAAGCUAGAUGAGCCAAAGCUUGAUACAACUAAGGUGGAGGAUACCAAGGAAGAAUCAUUGGAAAGUAACAGUUAUAAACUGGAGAAGAAAGAUACAGUCCAGGAAAACAUUGACAGGGAAAUACAGUAUAAAAAAGAACUUGAGGCUGUAAGACAAGAACUGUGCAGGCUUUUAACGUCACACUCUCAUGUCACACUCCAUCGUCUGCUCUUUGAUUCAAUAAUGACUCAAUUAGAUCCUAUUUACAUGCGUGACAGAAAGGUCCGGCCUGCUGCUCAGGAUAUUAUUAUUCAUUUCAUCAAUUCAACUCUCAGAGAUCUGGAUUUUGGGAGAGUAAAGAUGUUUUCUGAGGCUGAGAUGUGCAAGGUUUUGUAUGAGAAUCUACAUAAAGCUACACGACUGGAGAAACUGGUGAUUGGUCGGUCGUGUUACUGGAGAUCACAGAUCUUUGAGAAAAUGAGCGAGAAGUUGGUUUGUAUGCCACAUCUAACAGUCUUAAAAAUUCAGUACAUAGCAACACCUGAGAUGAUUCAUGGCCUCUCAAAAACCUGCUCUAAGCUUUAUGAGUUGUCACUGGCAGGCUCAGAGAAUAUUACUGACCAACAGUGUGAUGAAAUUGCCAAAUGUGCUGGACUAACAUUGCUGGAUAUUUCUGGAACAAGAAUUACUGGAAGAGGAUGUUGGAAAAUUCUAGAUGCCAUAAAAAGUCUGUCUUGGCUUCGUCAUUGUGCUUUCAAUUGUAAUUCAGAUGCACUUCUGUUUGAAUCAAGAGCAGACUUAUUUAACUGUAUUAAAGAACAGUUGCGGCGCGGAGAAAAUGCCAUAUCUUUGGUGGAUCGGCCGGACCUUAGUCUCAGAGAUGCCAGAUUCAACCUGAAGAACUUCUGGCUCUUCAAUCCCUUCACUGAAGACUUACUGACCUCACUGCUCUGUCCUGAUUUGGAGAGCCUUCGUCUAGAUUUUGUCUUCCAGGAUUUAGAAGGAGAGCCGGACUUGACGAUCCUCUCCUCACUCACCCAGAUCAGGAACUUGGAGGCAAACUUGUACGACCGAUGUUCUAUUGACUUAGUUGGUCGUAUGGUAGAAGGCUGUGGAAAACGACUAACGACCUUGGAACUGCACCUGGCUGAUGACUGGUUCUUUGUUGCACAAGCUCACAAUAUUGUAGCCACCUGUUGCCCAAACCUGGUAACUCUCACCUUCUCUGGAGACUACAAGACGGAAGCAGAACGACCAGAUCGGGCUCGACACAGUUUGGAGGAAUGUGAUGAUCGACUAGACUUUGGGAUUCCCACCCCUGCCCACCCUCACUUAAAACACCUCAAACUGAUUGGGGUCGUGAGUGACCAGCGUCUCAACUUUAUUCUGAAUCACACACCGGCACUUCACACCCUUCGUAUGGACGGAGAACUAGAGUGGCUGCAUGAUGUUACCUUUGCUACUGUUUUAGAGACAAAUCCUUUACCAAAUUUAGAGGAAAUGUGGUUUAAUGUUUCAACAACAGUGACGUUGGCCACAGUACGUCGUCUGUUACGGCAGGACAAUCCUCUUAGGUGUAUAGGUCGCUUGUGUCAUAUGUCUGGAGCUACCAUGAACGAGUAUCAAGAACUUCUCGCUCAAGUACGCCAACGUAAUUUAGACAUUAAACUAAUCUGGGUUACUGAUGAACGUAUAAGGUAGAUUAUACUGUACCUUAGAAGGAGUUUUGAACAAAGGAAGCCGGAUUGUCUUACACUGUAUCGAGCUAGAUUUGGGUAAUUAACAAUGAAUAAUGUAUGACCAUAUCAACUGUAGCUACUUUUGAAGUAUAAUUUUAAUGCAAGGAAAAUAAGUUAAUGUUUAAUGAGACUGGCCAAAAAUGGCCACAAGCCAUGUUUGUGUUGGCUGAUUAAAAGUUCUCUCCGUAAGUCAGUCUAUCAAGAUUGGUAUACUCUGCGUAGAGUCGACAAAUACAGCUAAAAUAAUGAUAUAUUGAAUUCUGUAUAUAAAACAAUUUGACUUUUCAUUGCAUAAUCACUUUUGAACAGGGUGUCUUUCAUUUUUGGCAGUGAUUCCCAAACUGCAUUCCAUGGAACUCCAGGGUUCUGCAAGAGGUUCCGCCAAAUGACAAGUGAUAUAUACCCGCUUAGAAUUUUUGCAGUCUUUUAAGAUGCACACCCUAGAAUAGGGUUGCGAGUGGUGGACUCCAAAUGGUCAAAUUUUUUUUUUUUAGUAUAGAGUGUAAAUUUGUUUUAAUUAGAUUUUGUGAUAUGUCAUUGAAAAUGACAUAUGUAAUGACAAUACAGUAUACAUUUAUGUAUAUAUGAAUUGCAAAAUGAGAUUUGAAUAUUUUUGAUAAAACAAAUUUUUUUCUGUCAUCCAGAUUCAAUAAUGAUGUCUGGCUUAAGAAACUGGCCUGUCUUCCAGAUAUAUUUUCAAUAUAUGAGGUGAGCUCAUUACAAGGCCCAAAUAUCAACAUUUUGAAUGAUCAAGAUAAAAUUUAAUCAUUCCACCUUAAGAUGAUUUUUGGAUUGAAUGCUUACACAAAAACUUCAAUGAAUGUUUUUCAAAUCUUAAUGACUUCUUGAACGAGAAUGUCAAGUAAUUCAGCACCAGCAACAUUAUUUUCAACAUUUAAGAAAUAUUUUCAGAGUGUAUUUUUCCAAGCAGCCAGACCCUCUGACUGUGCAAUCAUCCAUUCAUUGAUUCAGACACUGUACAUUAGCAAAAUCUGUGACAUUUAAACUGAUCCCACCCUUUAAAUAACAAUUGAUAAGGACUCUUAUGUUACCGUUUUGGAUGAAGCCCUUUACGUUAAUAUUCCAAUGCAUACAGUACAGUAUUAUGAAACGAGUUAUGAAACAUAUCAUGCCUUUUACAACAACCUAUACGUGUGAGGUCAGAUUCUCAAGCUGCAUCAAUACCAAAACCAAAUAUAGAAAUAAAUUGGAUGCAUCACCACAGCUAUGUGCCUGCAACUAAUGAGCAUCACUCCAGAUUUUUUAGUUACUGUUGUAUAGCUUCUGUAUGUAAUAUUUUAUAUAUUAUAUAUAACAGGUACAAGGUUCUGCAAAAUAAAAAUAAGUGUGAAAGGGUUCCAGUUGUUGGCAAAGUUGGGAAUCACUGAUUCUUGGGUAAGUUAGGUGAUUCUCACAAUAGUCUUAUCCUUUCUCAAUUUUUUUUUGUUGACUCAAGUAUUGUAUGUGUUUAUGAAAAGUAUUAGUGUUAAUAUAUCAUUUAUACUAACUAGAAAUGUUCCUGUGAAAAUAAUAGAUAAAAAGUAUACACAGUAUUCUUCACGUAACAUAAAAGAACUGGGAAACAAAAAACGUUAUGUAAAGUGACCUACGUUAAGUGAAACAUGUUUUCCCAUACACCCAUGUUUUAAAUUCAGAUACCUGUACAUUCAAGGCUGAAAAUUUUUGGCCCUAAAAUUCAAUCAUAAAUACAAUAAUGAAUAUAUGUAUACUGUACUUAGAAUAACAUAAACAUAAUAGUAACAGUUACCAGUGAUUAAUGAAGAGGCAACAUAUUGAGGUUAAGUUGGGAACUACUGUAGUAAAUCAAAUGCCAUGGGUAAGUCUGCCUGGUUAUGGGCUCGCCGUGGAACCUCAUGAUGUAUUUAUACAACUGAGAGAAGAAUGUU